AUGGAUGAAAGACAAGAGAUUCUUAUCAAUACGGCUCUUGAAUCAUCCGAAGUCAAUUGUAGUUGUACAGAAUGUACUUAUUCAAAUGCAAUCCUUAAACAACAAAUCCGUAAAUAUCAAGCACUUCUUUUAACAAAUGAAGUUGAAGUUUUUGAGAAAGAACUCGAAAAUUCAUCGAAAGAAGAAAUAUUUCUUGCAUCACGUGAUAAACUUGUUGAAGAUAUCAUCCGAAAAAGUAAUAACGAAAUCUACGAUUUCGAAACUUCCCACGAAAAACAAAUUACAGAACUUAAUUACGAUAUUUUCGAUUGGGACCAAAAGAAUUCAUCAUUACAGAAACACAAAGAACAACUUUUAAGUACUCUUUCUACUCCAAUUCCAAAGUUUGAUAAAAAAAGUCUUUCAGAGUAUUCAGCACUUGAAACUCGUAUUUGUGAUCUUAAAGAAGAAAUCGAAAAGAAAAAAACACAGUUAAAAAUAGCACCAACAAAUCUUCUGGGUUUUACAAUUGUUGAUGUUGUUCAAAACGAAAAUUCUAAGACCUCGAAACGAACUAAGAAAUGA